AUGACUUCCAAAGCGUUCGUCGGACUCCUGGUUUGGAUCCUUUUUAUACGAGUGGACGAUGGGAAGGCCGAUUCUUUGGCCGUCCAAUUCACGGCUCCGGGAGACUUCAUCCUUGGAGGUUUGUUUGCAUUGCACUCCCAAGCCGAGUUCCAGUUCCGUGACGGCAGGCCGGAAACUCACACCUGUUACAGCUUCUACUCGCCUGGCUACCAACAGCAGCUUGCCAUGCGUUUUGCCAUUGACGAAAUCAACAACUCAACCGCUCUGCUCCCCGGCAUCACUCUCGGCUACGAAAUCCACGACACUUGCAAUGAUGAACUUGUAACUACCAAGCUAGCCAUCUCCUUCCUUUCUGAGGAUCCCAGCAGCAGCCUUGCCAUGCAGUGCAACUACGCCAACUACAAGCCUCGGGUCGUGGCCGUGGUUGGCCCCAACGUUUCCGGGCUGAGCAUGUUGGUGGCUCAAAUCUUGGAUUUCCUCUCCAUCCCUGAGAUAAGCGCUGGAAGUUCUAGCAUCAAGCUUAGUGACAAGCAACUUUACCCGUCCUUUUUCCGAACCAUCCCCAGCGACCAAAACCAAGCAGAUGCCAUGGUCCAACUCCUGAACUAUUUCAACUGGAACUGGGUGGCCGCUUUGGUCACGGACAAUGAAUACGGCCACCAGGUCCUGGAGGUCUUUGUCCAGUUGGCUCUCUCCAAGGACAUGUGCGUGGCCUACGAAGCCAUCUUCCCACGCGGUCAGGAUGAAAUUCAGAGAAAGCAAGAGCUUGUCAAAAUAGCAAAUCAGCUGGAAGUAUCCCGCAUCAACGCGACUGUCAUCUUCUCACACUCCGGCGAAGCUGAGGAACUGCUCCAAGUCGUGGCUGGAAGGGGGAUCACCGGCAAAGUGUGGAUCGCCAGCGAAUGUUGGUCGACUUCCUCCGCUAUUGCGCUCAUCCCGAACCUGAACAAGAUCGGCACGGUCCUUGGCAUGGCUGUAGAAAGCGGGGAGAUGCCCGGCUUCCAGGAAUAUAUCCAGAAGGUCCUCGCGAAUACUGAACUGGACCAGAAGAGUCCCAACGUUCUCGAGGCCUGCCCUGAAUGCAGCUAUCUCAGCCUGGCCAAUUUCUCCAAGUUCUUCGAGGUGUUCAACACCUACAAGGCCAUCUACGCCAUCGCCCACGCUCUCCACCAACUGCUGAAUUGCAGCACAACCCACAAGACGUGUGACGCAGACCGAGACAUCUAUCCUUGGCAACUUCUGGAGGAACUACCGAAGGUCAACUUCACCAUCGAGUCUCAGCCGGUUCAUUUCAGCAAGACAGGAGACCCACCAGCAGGUUACGAUCUCCUCUUCUGGGACUGGAUCCUGCCCAACAACCAUACGUUUGCGGUCGUUGGCAGAUACGACGCCUCGACGCACAAACUCAAUAUCAAUGAGUCGAAGAUCCGCUGGAGCACAGAGAACGGGAAGGCCCCUGUCUCGAGAUGCACACAGGGAUGUAAGCCGGGGCAGAAGCGGUGGCUGAGAGGCGAGCACAACUGCUGUUACCAAUGCGAGGACUGCCCAGCUGGUUACUUCCAGGAUACAAACAGUACGUUUGGGGCAGAGCCAGAUGAAUGUACUCCAUGCUCGAAAAACGAGUGGUCUACCGCGCGGAGCACCACAUGCCAGCCGAGAGCGGUCGAGUAUCUCGAAAUCACCGAUCUCAUUGCCAUCAUCAUGAUGGCGCUGACGGUGCUGGUCUUUGCUCAGAUGGUUGCCGUGACCGGGAUUUUUGCCACGUACCGGGGCACCCCGGCCAUGCGCUACGUGCGUGGCUUCCCGCUGCAAUCCAUCCUGUUCUCCACCACGUGCUUUUGCGUCAGCUUCCCGUUUUUCGUCAUGAAGCCCACGAAGGAGAUCUGCAAAGUCCGGCAGCCCCUCUUCUUUGGCAGCUUCACCCUCAUCUUAGCCACGUUGCUUGGCAAGACUCUCCAAAGCGUAGGACUCGACCAAAUCUUGAGGCGGCCUUGGGUGAGGAACCACUUGAUGGUCCUCUGCAUUGUGGUCAACGCGGCUCUCCAAGGUCUCCUCUGUCUCUUCUGGUACUACUGGGAGCCUCCCGUCUUGGAGGAGAACACGGACAUCGAGAGGACCAUCCUGCUCCAGUGCCAUGACAGCAAGUUCCCCGGCUUCGGGAUCCUUCUCGCCCACGACUAUUGCCUGGCCGUCAUUUGCUUCGCGUGCUCUCUUGUGGGCUACAACACCGAGAAGAAGAAGGACAACGUCGCCGCCAAGUCCAUCAACUUCGCCAUGCUCCUCAUCCUCAUCAUCUGGAUCAUCUUCGUCCCCACCUAUUCCACCACCAAAGGCAAAUUUGUCGCCUUGUUCCAGGUCUUUGCAGGCCUGGCGAGCAUCUUUGCCAUCUUUGGCUCCUACUACUACCCGGUGUGUUACGUCAUGCUCUUUGCGCCUCACUUGAACACCGACAACCACUUCUGCCUGUCCCAGGACCUUCCCGUGGACAAGGAACCGAGCGCCAGAGACAGCAAAUAAGGGAGUUGCUGUCACAUUGUGACUCAAAAAUCAAUCCGACUACAACAGCGAGGAGCACUUUUCAUCUGGUUGUACCUAAAACAGAAGUAGAACAUUCAUUAUAGCUCAUCUGUUGGAAAUAGAAAUUACAUGUAUUAUUUUUCUCUAUUAUUGUUGCUAUUACUGUAGCAACCUUUCAA